UUAGCCGGCUCCUUCGAAAACCAGGAAAGGAAACCGCUUCCUCAUCAUCACAGCAAGCUCUCUUAAGAUUACAGGUAGCCUUCCAACGGGAACGAACAGAUUGCACCUAAAUUCGGAACAUCCGGACCAUCCAAUAAAACAAGUGGCCCUGUUGUGUCUAGUAGCCUGUGGGCAAAGUUACCAGCUAAUUGUAAUCGAUUUUAACGACCAGCGGAUUCCACGAACGGCAGCGUUUCAGAAGAAUUGAUCGACGAAUUUAGGAAAAUUCCAACAAAUCUGCAGGGCAUGUUGCUUAACUGAGGUCAAUCCUCAUUGACGAAGAAGAAGCCAAAAUUUUGCCGGUUUACUUUCUUCAGUAAAAUCCUUCGCCGUACGCGUUUGUUUUGGAGAAAUGUUUCCGAGUCUCGCUUUGUAUCUCUUUGACGAUUCUGAUGAUGACGAUUAUCUCGAGGAAGACGAUGAUGACGAGGAAGAAGAUGAUGAUGCCAUCAAUGUGGAUCCUGAUGAUGCUGAUAAGAAAGAUGAUGAUAAUCCGGAAAAUAUCGAGAAAAAUGACAAACCCGAUGAAGAGCCGCGUCCCGUAGUUAAGAAUAUGUCUUUGAUGCGCAGAAAUCUUCGUUAUUCAUCAAACCCGCUAUCGCUUCCGGAUGAGGAUUUUCUGAAAUUGAUUGGCUUGGACAAGGCGAUUGUUAUGCUUUUAGUGGAGUCUUUAAAAAAUGAUUUUAAAAAGCCACUAAAAAGCAGGGCAAUACCCAUCAGUCUGAAAAUUUGCGCCGCAGUUCGAUUCCUCGCUACCGGGAAUUACCAGCAGGGUGUCGGAAAUGAAUCAGCGUUCCUAGCUCUUAGCCAACCCGUGGUCUCCCAUGCGCUUACCGAGUUUUUGGAGGUAAUGGAGAAGAAGAUCUGCCCCAAUUGGAUCAAGCCAGAAAUGACUGAUGCGGAAAAACAAAACGCAAGGACUCAUUUUUACCGCGAAAGUGAGCUGCCCGGUAUCAUUCAGGCCUUUGAUUGCACCCACGUAAAAAUACACAAUCCCGGAAAGGACCGCAAUCGUGCUUAUCGGAACGAAAAGGGUUUUUACAGCCUGAACGUUCUGCUGGCCUGCGAUCACGAGUUGGUGUUCCGAUCUGUCGAGGCAAAAUACCCGGGCUCUUAUAAAGAUGGCUUCAUAUGGAAUAUCUCGGCACUGCGGCAAAAGAUGUACGAGGAUUUCGAACGAGGCGGCAGACCGCGGCUAGUGGGAGAUGCAGCGUUUCCCCAGAACCAGAUAGUGCUUACACCGUACCAAAAUGCCGUCGCCGGCAGUCGUGAACAGCUCUACAAUCAAAGGCACAAGGAAGCUACAAGGUUUAUUGAAAGAGCCAUUGGCUUACUGAAGUCGCGUUUCCGAUGCUUGCUCGGUACCAAGGAGUUAUAUUACGUUCCAGAAAAGGCAACGACUAUUGUAAACGCCUGCGUCGCCCUACACAACAUAUGCCGGGCAUACAAAGCAAAAGACCCACCAAUUGAGGCUAUGGCAAGUGAAACGGAUACACCAGAAUGCUUCUACGAUGGCAGCGAGGAAGUUUCUACAUCUAUCAGGGAUUCCAUUAGGGAUUCUUUGCUAUAGGUACGACCGGUUACCUAACAAAUGUAUU